AUGACCAAACGAAGAUGUGAACAUGGUGUGUGUAAUCAAGGAAAAUGUGUAUGUGAUAAGUGCUGGACAGGAAAAUUUUGUGAAGUAUCAGUUUUAGAUAACACUCGCUUUACUUCAGAUAGUUUUGAAAUUACCGUGGCACCAGGUUCUGUCGGUAUUCCAAACAAAAUUAUUGGACAACUUACGCUUCAGAAUAUACGAACUGAUCAAAUAUGGGAAUGUGGAGAAUUUUAUUUUUUACUUGAAGGAGUUCAACAUGAUAAAUUUCCGAUUUAUGUAGAAAACAGCACAGGCUUUAUUCGAUUUAAUCGCUUUAAUAAUUUUAAUUGGCCAAAGAAAAUAUAUCACGAAAUUCAUACUACUGUAAAAUUAUAUACUAGUCCGGGUAAAGAAAUAGAUUCAUCGCAAAUUAUUGUUUCAUGGAAUUACUUCACAAGAAAUGAACAAGAAAAACCGAUGACAUUUCAAAACAAUAAUUUUCAUCUAGAGAGGUCUAAACGAAGCGUGAAUUCUUCAAAUCUUCGACUUCUCGUAAACCGAAGUGAUGCAGCUACUAAUUCUUUAUGUCCAACUGAAAUUAUAGCACUGAGUGUUCAGCUUGGUCUACCUUCGGGUACAGAUUCAAUAACGGUUGAAUUAUUUGGACCAACUAGAAGUUCUAUAGUCUAUGGUUUUGUUGAAUUUAUUGACAUUUCAUUUAUUGGAACAAGAAUUUCAAAUACGGAUUUUGACAUUAAUGUACAAAACACAACUGUAGCAACUGAUUACGAAUAUAAAAACAUUUAUACAGCUGUGAAUUUAUCAAGUAUUACAGUGAUAGAUAUACCGAAUAUCGUGGAAGAUUAUAGCUUAACGUUGCGAUUUGCUGUUGGUUUAUGGCCUAACAAUUCAAUAAUAGAUGGAAUGCAGUUUAUGUGUAAUUGUAAAGUUUCUCAAGGCACUUCAGUAGUAAACCGUACAACCACAAUCACAUCACGUCAAACUUGUACAGUUUCUCAACCAGAAUUAACUAUCCUAUCUAAUUUUCCAAGUAUAAUUCCAGGUGAUAUAUUAUUGUUUCAGGCCGAAGUAUAUUUUACAUUUGGAACCGGAAAUUAUACGUUUUCAGCAUAUAUAGUCGGUCAGUCGUCUACUGUUGGCAAUUUUGAGGUGAUUCUAGGCAAUGGGAUGAACUAUGCAGAAGGAUCUGAGAAAAAGCAGUACGAAGAUGUAGCGGCGCCUACUUAUAUAAUAACAAGGCAAAUUGAUGUACAAAUAGAAGGACUUAGAAAUAAAAAUGCUAGAGCGACAUAUCUGUCUAAAUCAGAUCGCUCAGUUAAAUUGAAUGCAUAUAUACAAGCUAAGACACUUUCGCCAACAAGAGCAAUAAUUGGAUUUCGAUUCCGUUAUUCCCAAGCUGGUGCUAUUUUUCGAGAGAUUCCAAUUCCUGUAAUAGCUGAUUAUCGAAACUUUAUAAAUGUUCCAAAUCCUACUUUUAACUUUUCAUUAACGUCAGGUCCAGCCAGUGUUGAAACAUUUGCUGAAAUUAUUUCCACUCUUAUACUUCCUCCUUUAUCCAAGCAGAUUUAUGCUGUAGAGCUAAGCUUUGAUAAUGUUAUUUUGGGUGAGUUCUGUUAUUCCACCAUUUUGUCAGUUGGAACAGGGAUCAUAAAUCGAUCAGCAGGGAUGAGAUUGUACACGGACUUUGUGUUUCAAAAGAUAACACUGCUUCGAAAAAUGGCAGUAAUAAGUCUUGGAGUAAUGGAAAAUCCAACAACAAAUAGUACAGAUUAUUAUGUGAUUUUUAAAACUAUCGUGAGACCACGUCUAGAUUUGGCAUUUCCAACAAUCAGUGAGACUCAAAUUCAUGCACGAGUUUUUAUUACGGAUAUACCUCAAGAACGGAAAUCAAUUAGUUUUUCUAUUGUUGAUGAACCAGUUUUACCAAUUACGGCAUCCAAUUCACCUAAAGUAAACUUCUACAAAAUCGAACCUGCUCAAAGUGAACCUAUGGAUGCGUAUUACGGAAUUAUGGUUGCUGAAAUUUCUUGGGUUGAAAAUGUGACAUACAGACCUGUCCAGCUUUUACUUACAGUUGUAGGUUCUACUACAAAAGUAGUUGAACAAAGAUUCAUUAUGUUUGGAAGAUCACUGAUCACCAUAGUGCCCAACAUUACAAAUAUGUCAACUGUAAAGCAAGUUUAA